UGCCAGAUCUUUGCGGUCUACCUCCAGCAAUCAACGGCGCUGGCCUGCUCCCCUCGCCAUGCAAACCCUGGAUAGCCUCAGCCACUUUCCACCUAUUAUCUGUCCCAGAAGGUCCUACUCAGACAGUGUUCAACCUCCCUCCAUAUCAACUAGAGAACAGUCACCAGAGCAGUCACUGUCCAACUCCUCUGAAGCCCUGUAGCCUCCGCCUGCAUCUGUACUCCCCUACUCUUGUUUUAGCGGCUUCACCUCCCUCUUCCAUCGGCUACCUCCUGUACAUUAGAUCAACGCACCAACCCAUUGCAACUUCUCUCAGAUCAGCACCCAUGCCCCCCUCAAUCCCACUCCUUUCUCUCACCUGUGUCUCUCUCUAGCACCUUCCUACUCCAGUAUUCCUAAUCGACCUCGUACUCAUCCUCCUAUCCCCAACCCCACACCCCAUGAUUCAUCUCAUGAUGCACCACUUGAUCCCAAUUGUGACUCACUCCAUCUACGUUAAGUAAUAUCUGCGGUCACAAGUCAAGUCUGCAUCUCAUCCACUGGCUACUUUAUGAAAGUUUUCUUUCUUUUUCCAAACAUUGACUCCAUGCCUAUGAUUAUCACCUGUUUCCCAAAUAUAAUACCAAGACUUCCAUUUUAUUGCCAUGUCCCCUCCACACCAAGAAGACCCGCUUAUCUGUGCCCCACAUAUCAUCAGAGGCCACGGUGGAGUUGCUCUAGGCCGGCACAGACGAGUCAACCAUUCUACCCCAUUGAUAUCAUUCAUUUUCCGCGAGUCCCUGGAUCAACUUGCAUCUUCUCCCUCCCAAUAUAAUAAUCCUGGGGGAUCCGGACUUCAACUCAUAUCCCAGGCACCCCUCGCUCAUGGUCCCCUCCCUAUAUACAACACCCAUCAGCAGUCAGAGAUGAAUUCUUCAUCAGGACCCUGUCCUGAAAGCAGGAGUUGCAAAUCUCACUACCCCUCCUGGGUUAGGGCCAGAAGACCCCACAGUCAAGACAACCCUCUCAGAAUGACCUACAAAUCAGCAAUUCUCUUGAUACCAACCUCAAUCCCUGGAGAUUAUUCAUUUCUGUUCAGAACACACCACCUCCCACAGUACCCAUCCAGUCACUGCCCGCAACUCAUCGAUAGCACAUACUCACUACGACAAUAAAAACAUCACGGAAGACUGGGUCCGCUACUUCGAGCACCCCCUCCCACCAACCAUGCCUCCCAAUUAAGUGCACACUGCUUUCAUCCUCCAAGAAACUAUACUGUCAGUCCAGGAGAGAAAGAAGGCUAUCCAUCAAAUAUCUCAUACAUGACAGGAUUAAAGAAGAACUCUCAUUUCUACGUCGAAGGAUCCCUCUGAGCUAUAUAUUAUCAAAGCACAGACACUCCAUCCUGUCAUGUUCAAUGCACAAUAAUGCUCCUCUCAUAGCUGAACUGUGUUACUGCAUACUUGCAACAACAUGUCAUUUGGUUACUCUGAUAAGCACUAAUGAACGCAGAUACCCUUCAUCCAAUCUGUUCAUCUUAUAUUCAAUUUUGUAGUUACAGUGGAACCUCAUUAAUACGAACACUGUUAAGCGAAAUAACUUUUUGAUACGAACCACUUUGAAAUAGCCCACCUAGCUUACAAAACCACAAACGUGCGCAUUUUGAGC